AUGCUCUACCUGGUCGGCCUAGGCCUUGCAGACGAAACAGACAUCACCGUCAAGGGUCUCGAGGUUGUCAAGAAGGCCGACCGCGUAUACCUCGAGGCAUAUACCAGCAUCCUGCUCGUGGAUAAAGAGAAACUUGAGUCCUUCUAUGGCCGAGAUGUCAUCCUUGCCGAUCGAGAAAUGGUUGAGUCGUCCAGCGACGAGAUUCUCGCUGGUGCUGACAAGCUGAACAUCGCCUUCUUGGUCGUCGGUGAUCCGUUCGGUGCAACAACGCACACUGAUCUCGCCCUCCGCGCUCGUGAGCUCUCCAUACCCAUGCAAUCGAUACCAAACGCGUCUAUCCUGAACGCCGUUGGCGCUACGGGUCUACAGCUGUACAACUUCGGGCAGACAAUUUCCAUGGUAUUCUUUACCGAGACCUGGAAGCCUUCGUCCUUCUACGAUCGCAUCAAAGAGAACGUGCAGAUUGGGUUGCAUACCCUUGUCCUCCUUGACAUCAAGGUGAAGGAGCAGAGUCUUGAGAAUAUGGCACGAGGUAGGAAAAUCUUCGAGCCACCGCGAUACAUGACUGUGGCACAGUGCGCAAGCCAGAUGCUCGAGACCGAGGAGGAGCGCAAGGAGGGGGUCUACUCGGAAGACAGCCUCGCCAUUGGUGUUGCGAGACUGGGCUCCGCGGAUCAACAGAUGCUGUGCGGCACUCUCAAGGAGCUAGCCGACUCGGAUCUCGGCCCACCACUCCACAGUUUGGUCCUGCUAGGUAAGCGAGCGCACGAGCUGGAAAAGGACUACAUCAAGGCUUUCGCGGUCAACGGGGAAUCUUUCGGGCAGAGCUGGUCCAAGCAUCACCACCAAUAG